UUUCUCCAAACACGCACCACCCACAAAUAUCAACUUUCAAAUUCUCUCUCUCUCUCUCUCUCUCUCUCUCUCUCUCUCUUGUCAAAGCAAACAGGAUAAAAACAAAGUUUAGGGAGGCAAAUAUAAUUACUCCCUCCCACGCCCCUCUCUGCUGCUUUGGGGACUGCAAGUGCAACCUUGCUUUGCUUCCUUUGCUACUCUCAAAGCUGCAAUUCUCUUCCUCCAAAAACAUUAUACUAUUCCUCAUUCCCUCUCUCUCUCUCUACAAAACCAACCCAAACACAAACACAUUCGCAAAUCACAAACACAUUCCUCUAGCUUAAAAAAAAAAGAAUGAUAACCGGAGCAGACUUGUACCACGUGAUGACGGCGGUGGUGCCGCUGUACGUGGCGAUGAUCCUGGCCUACGGGUCCGUAAAAUGGUGGAAGAUCUUCACCCCGGAGCAGUGCUCCGGCAUCAACCGCUUCGUGGCCCUGUUCGCCGUGCCCCUGCUGUCCUUCCACUUCAUCGCCAGCAACGACCCCUACAGCAUGAACCUCCGCUUCAUCGCCGCCGACACCCUCCAAAAACUGAUGGUCCUGGCCCUCCUGGGCGUGUGGGCCAACGUCAGCAAGCGCGGGUGCCUGGAGUGGAGCAUCACCCUCUUCUCCCUCUCCACCCUCCCCAACACCCUGGUCAUGGGCAUCCCCUUGCUCAAGGGCAUGUACGGCGACUUCUCGGGCUCCCUCAUGGUCCAGAUCGUCGUCCUCCAAUGUAUCAUCUGGUACACCCUCAUGCUCUUCAUGUUCGAGUACCGCGGCGCCAAGCUCCUCAUCUCCGAGCAGUUCCCCGACACCGCCGCCUCCAUCGUCUCCAUCCACGUCCACUCCGACGUCAUGUCCCUCGACGGCCGCCACCCCUUGGAGACGGAGGCCCAACUCAAGGAAGACGGCAAGCUCCACGUCACCGUCAGAAAAUCCAACGCCUCCAGAUCGGACAUCUUCUCCAGACGAUCCAUGGGCUUCUCCUCCAACACCCCGCGCCCCUCCAAUCUCACCAACGCCGAGAUCUACUCCCUCCAAUCCUCCCGAAACCCCACCCCGCGCGGCUCCAGCUUCAACCACACCGACUUCUACUCCAUGAUGGCCCACCGCAACUCCAACUUCGGCGCCGCCGAGGCUCGCCCCUCCAAUUUCGACGACGAGACUGCCAAUAAUAAUAUUAGUAAUAACCACAACAACAGCAAGCCGAGGUUCCACCACGGAGCUGCUGCGGCGCAUUAUCCCGCGCCCAAUCCCGGGAUCGUUUCGCCCAAGGCGGCCGGGAAGAAGCAGAGGAGUGAGGAAGGGGGGAAGGAUCUGCAUAUGUUUGUGUGGAGCUCCAGCGCUUCUCCGGUGUCGGAUGUGUUCGGCGGGCAUGAUUAUAAUUCGUUGGACCAGAAUGGGAAGGAUCAUGUUAGGGUGACUGUUUCUCCGACCAAAGUGGAGAGGGAGAAUGAAGAGGAGUAUGUGGAGAGAGAUGAUUUCAGCUUUGGGAAGGAGAGAGAGAAUGGGGAAGAGAAAGUGGGAGAGAACAAAUUGAAAGUGAUGCCUCCAACAAGUGUGAUGACAAGGCUCAUCUUGAUCAUGGUUUGGAGGAAACUCAUUAGAAAUCCCAACACUUACUCUAGCUUGAUUGGCUUAACAUGGUCUCUUGUUUCAUUCAGGUGGAAUGUGGAGAUGCCUGCAAUUAUAGCCAAGUCCAUAUCCAUACUGUCAGAUGCAGGCCUUGGAAUGGCCAUGUUCAGUCUAGGUCUGUUCAUGGCAUUGCAGCCGAGGAUAAUAGCAUGUGGGAAUUCGGUGGCGACCUUUGCAAUGGCUGUGAGAUUCCUUACAGGACCAGCUGUCAUGGCUGCCGCUUCCAUCGCCGUUGGCCUUCGCGGUGUUCUCUUGCGCGUCGCCAUUGUCCAGGCUGCUCUACCCCAAGGAAUUGUCCCCUUUGUUUUUGCCAAGGAGUAUAAUGUACACCCUGACAUUCUCAGCACGGGGGUGAUAUUUGGGAUGUUAAUUGCGUUGCCAAUAACAUUGGUGUACUACAUUUUGUUGGGGCUAUGAAGUGGGAAAAACAAGUUGAAAGAGUAGUGUAUUUAACAUCAAGUAUUUGGACAUGGAGACAUCUUUGUGAGGCAGCCACCAUAAGAGAGGGCCAUGGAUCCAUUAGAUUGAUUUGUGUUUUUCCUAGUGAAAAAAGGUGUAAAGUUAUGUCUGUAGCUGAUCUUUCAGGGAAAAAAAAGAGAGAAAGAAAAAAAAAGAUGAUGGUUUAAUUAAUUAGUUUUUCUAAUAUAUUAUUCCCUCCGUUUUCUGUUCUGCUUAUACGAAGUAAUAGAUGUAAAAUGAAAAAGAAAAGCAGUUUGGUGUU